CUCCACACUACUUUGUGAGAUUGGAAUCUCAUGGCCCGUCGCAAAUCCAAGAAACCGCCUCUCCCUAUCCCUCUCCGCCCUUCCGCAGUUCCUACAAGCAAUGCAAGUCUCGCAACCACCACAACCACCCCAACGACCCCACAUCCACCCCCAAAACGCCCAAAACUCUCGACCCAAAAACUCAUUUCCACCUACCACACGCUCAACAAACGCCUCUCACACGCCCUCACAACCAACAACAUGGCACUCGCGACAUUAAUCCGUACAGAAAUGUCUGCAUUGGGGGGAUUGAAUGCCUACCAACGAGCCUCCUUAAAGGGCGGUUCAGAACGACAAGGCCUAGGCGCCAGUGGAACGUGGCUCGUUUCUCAUUUACCUCGCACACCCAUGACGUUAUUGGAUAUUGGUGCCGUAUCUGGCACAACGUAUGCGAAAUACUCGUUUAUUACUCCAACGUAUAUUGACCUCCACCCCCAACACCCCAACAUCCUUCAACAAGAUUUCAUGGCACGACCUAUCCCACCCCCUGAAUCCCGGUUCGAUAUCCUGUGUUUAUCCCUUGUAUUGAAUUUUGUUCCCUCCCCGCGAGACCGUGGUGCACUCCUUGUUCGUACUCGAGAGCAUACAACUGAGAAUGGGUUACUCUAUAUUGUUUUACCGAGUCCGUGUGUUUUGAAUUCACGGUAUAUGACGCAUGAGCGGUUUAUUGAGGUGUUGAGGUGUGUUGGAUUUGGGAUUGUUGAGUUCAAGUUUGCGAAACGGGUUGCGUUUUAUUUGUUUAGGAGGUGUGGUGGGGGUGUCAAGGGGAUUGGGAAAAUAGAGUGUGCUCCUGGGAAGGGGAGGAAUAAUUUUUGUGUUGUUGUUGAUGGGUGAUGUUAGUGUGAUGGAAAUGUGUGUUUUGUGGGUGUAGGAAGGGGAGGGGUAUGUAUGGUGUCCGUUGCGAGACUGGUUUUUUUUUGUAUUAUAUGUAAAUGUUUAGAUGUCUCCAUUGGGGUAGUCACUCCAACACUUUUUACAAAUGAGAAUGGAAUGGAAAUACGCA